AUGACGGAGCAGUUUGUCGACAAGAACGAGACAGGAUCAGCAAGCACGCAGAACCUGCUGGCGCAUCUUUCAAAUGACGUGGAGCUUUAUCACAAACGCGUGCAACAGAAAAGACAGUUGAAAGAGCAACUGGAUAAUGGCGAAAAGAAGCAGAAGGUGACCGCGUCGGAGCCAGAGAAUGCCGUCAACGAAGAACAUGUGUCGCAGCCGGAUACAGGCAAUCUUCGCAAGGAGCAAGAAGGCCACGAGGCAUCGAAGAUCGAUUUGAUCGCCUCAGCCUUCAUUUCGCCGGAUGUCCCCAUGGUAAACGACUCGCAGACGCGAUCACGUGCCUGGACGAAGGCCGAGGACGAUGCUAUCGUUUACUACAAGGAGGAGAUGAAGUAUUCGUGGAAAGAGAUUGAAAAGAUGCUGAACGGUAGACACUCGUGGCAGGCGAUCCAGAUGCGGUACCUGCGCAACCACAAGUCGCGUAAUGACUCCUGGUCGCGGUUCAUGGAGCUGCGGCUUGUGAAUGCGAUACGGAAGGACUGGGAAAAUAGAUGGAAGCGGAUCAGCAAGGACCUUGGGAACGACCUGACGGUGGAACGCUGCAUAAUGAAAAAUAUAGAGCUGUGCAAGAAGAUGGACGACCCGAUCUUUGGCAAGAUGUUCUCGAACAAAGAGAUCACGCAAGGGUACGGCAACCCCAACAACGACAUCAAAGACGAGGAGAGCCACCGGAAGCUGAUGCUGGUAUACAUGGGGCUUGAUUCAAUUAGCUACGAGUCGGAUGAGGGAGAACAGCAGGAGGGGGGGACUGAUGAGGGUGCAGAAUGA